GUUCUCUAUAGGCAUAUACACUACUCUUUUACUACCGAAAUUACUGCAAUAGCCUUUGCAAUGGAUGUUUGGCGCCAGCUGUUCGUUUCAGAAGACAUCAUUCGCGCUCUGGAAAAGGCUUCUUUUCACGAGCCAACGGCUAUCCAGUCAUGUACCCUUCCUUGUGCUAUUCGGGACCGUCAGGAUAUUCUCGGUGCGGCGCCGACUGGUAGUGGAAAAACUCUGGCAUAUGGAGUGCCUUUAUUAAUGCACGUCCGAGACCGCAAACAGUAUGCGCUUCAGAUAAAUGACAACCUCCGGACCAUAGCUACGGGCGCCCAUGUGUUUUCCGCAGUUGCACCUGACAGAUCAGAGUUUACCCCAUCAUUACACACCCUAACGAAACGUCGUAAGACUGAAAGGGAUAAAGUUUCGAAGGACCCUUAUUUGAAUUUGGCCUUAGUUGAAGAACUGGAUAUCGAAACUGGUGAAGUGCUCAGUGUUCAGUCACUUUUGGGCCAUAGUGGUUUGCACAGUCCUGGCAAAGAAAAUGUUUCCCAUGCGCCUAAGCAAUCUACAAAAUGCUCACCAACCCCAGAUUCUCAUGUUUACGGUUUGGUGCUAGUUCCUACACGUGAGCUGGCAUUACAGGUGCGGGCUCACCUACGCUCCCUGGCUGAGUUCAUGCAGCCGCGCCCAACCGUCGAAGCUAUUGUUGGUGGCUUAUCAAUACAGAAACAACAGCGAUUGUUGCGUUAUCGGCCUGAUAUCAUAGUGGCAACACCCGGCCGCUUGUGGCAACUUAUUCAACAGCAGGAACCACAUUUAUGUAGCAUUCCCUCUUGCGGAUUUCUUGUUGUGGACGAGGCGGAUAAAUUAGUAGAAGCCAACCACUUUGAAGAGCUGAGACAGCUUUGCAGUUGGAUUAAUACAGCGUCUGAUCCUGAUAAGGUCACAAGCGUUUCGAAUCCCAAGCAAAUCAAACAAAACAGGCAGACGCUCGUCUUCUCGGCCACUUUGACAUUUGUGCACCACCAUGCACUGUGUCCUGGUCUCGGUAAGAAAGGGCGCAAGCUUGCUAUCAAUGGACGCAACAGGUUGACUCCAGCUCUCAAAUUAGGUGCAUUGCGCAAAUUGCUGGGCUUGAACAAGCGAGCUAAGGUUUUCGAUCUCUCGUUGGCCCAGACUCCCGACAAUGCAUCCAUCUCGAUUCUAUCGGAUGUACCUGUUCUCCCUGGUCGUCUGCACGAAUAUCGAUUGAUGUGCCCUGACCAACCAUCUAAGGAUGUCCGUCUUUUUUGGUUUCUUGCAUUCGGACGGUAUACUGUUUCAGAGAAUAUUCCCACAACGGACAGUCAGAGAUGUCUCAUCUUCCUGAACAGCAAGUCUGGUGUGCGUCGUUUGGCGGGUGUGUUGCGUCAGUUGUUGAAGGCUGAUACCUUCAGCGUAUCUGGUCAUCCGUCGGUGCGUUUUGUUAACGUCCUACACUCCGAUAUGCUCCAGAAACAACGUCUUCGAGCUCUGGAUCGUUUUCAAGCUGACUCUAACAGCAUUCUCAUUGCGAGUGAUGUCGCAUCGCGUGGCCUUGAUUUGGCUGCCGUGGAUGCUUCUUGUGGCGGUGUCGCUUGGGUUGUCCAUUUCGAUGUUCCCCGCACCGCAGAGGUUUACGUUCAUCGAAGCGGUCGCACUGCCCGUGCUCAUCGCGCUGGGACCAGUGUGCUGUUUGAGUGUCCCAACGAAUUCUCUUUGUGGAAGCGCGUUGCUUUCAGCCUCAAACGAACCGAAAUGGAUUUGCCUGAUCUCCCCGUUGUACCCUCUUACUUUGAACUCGUUGCUUCCGACCGCAUCGUCACAAUGGCCAGACAAUUGGACCAUAUCGAACACUCAGUCAAUCGUCGGGCUGCCAACGAGGAUUGGUUCGCGCACGCAGCUAAAAAUGCUGAUAUAGAGCUGGAUUCUGACUUCGAACGGCAUGCUUCUGAUGACGAAAUUCGCCGGGACUACGUACCCAGUAUGCUUUCGAAAAGGCGCCAAGUUCAGAAGCAGUGCGUCAAGGCUCGCUGUAGUCUGAUGCAGCUAGUCGCUGAAUGUCGAAAAAGCUUACAGAAGAAAUCCACUCGUCCAGCACCCUCUCCGUGCACUCUACACAACUUCAGAAAGAAACUCAAGAAACUGAACAAGCAUUCAGCCUCCCGUUUGCCCCAGCUCCGAUAAACUGCUGUGAAUUUGUAGAAAUAUAUUACCAUUUUUUCGCUUCAACAUUUUACAUUUGGCUCAUUCAAAGU